AAUGUUGCCAAUCAGUGCCACCUAUCAGUGCCAGUCAGUGCCACCUAUCAGUGCCAUCAAUGCCACCUAUCAGUGCCCAUCAGUGCUGCCUAUCAGUGCUAUAUAUGAGUGCUGCCUUUCAGUGCCCAUCAGUGAUGCCUGUCAAUGCCCAUCAGUGAUGCAUGUCAAUGCCCAUCAGUGCCACCUAUCCAUGCCAUCUCAUCAGUGUCGCCUAUCAGUGCCCAUCAGUGCAGCCUAUCAGUGCCCAUCAUUGUAGCCUCAUUAGCACACAUAAGUUAAGGAGAAAAAUUACCUAUUUGCAACAUUUUAUAA